UCUGGAAGAAGAAGAAGACUGUUUCAUCCAUCAUUGAAACCUGAUCUGAAGAAAAAGUUAUGUCUUCCUUUGGAAAAAUACAGAGAAGGUGGUAGAUGGGUUGUUAUUAAGAAGGAAAAUGGGAGCAAUUGGUGAGGAAGAAUUGAUAAAGUGGGAUAUGUUGGCAGAGAACGGCGGCGGCGGGGAGAAAAUCCUGGUGUUGGUUCGACUAAGGCCUCUGAACGAGAAGGAGAUUUCUAGGAAUGAGGUUUCAGAAUGGGAAUGUAUUAAUGAGACAACCAUCUUGUUCCGAAACAGGCUUCAGGAUCGAUCUGGAUAUCCAAGUGCAUAUACAUUUGACAGAGUAUUCAGUGGAGACAAGUCGACAAGACAGGUAUACGACGAAGGAGCAAAAGAGAUUGCUCUUUCAGUAGUCACCGGAAUCAAUUCCACUAUUUUUGCAUAUGGGCAAACAAGCAGCGGAAAGACUUAUACAAUGAUUGGAAUAACAGAGUAUGCAGUUGCAGACAUUUAUGAUUAUAUACAUAAGCAUCAGGAAAGAGCGUUUGUUUUGAAAUUAUCGGCUGUAGAAAUCUAUAAUGAAGUUGUAAGAGAUUUGCUGACCUCUGAUAAUACUCCACUUAGGCUUCUAGAUGAUCCUGAGAAAGGGACUGUCGUUGAGAAACUUACAGAAGAGACUCUAAGAGACUGGAACCAUCUCAAAGAGCUUUUGUCAAUUUGUGAAGCCCAAAGGAAGAUUGGAGAGACUUCUUUGAAUGAGACAAGUUCUAGAUCUCAUCAAAUAAUCAGAUUGACAAUUGAGAGUUCUGCUCGCGAGUUUAUAGGAAAAGACAAGUCCACAACACUUGUAGCCUGUGUGAAUUUUGUUGACCUAGCUGGAAGCGAGCGAGCAUCUCAGGCUCUAUCGGUUGGGAACAGGCUGAAGGAAGGCUGUCACAUAAACCGUAGUUUAUUGACUUUGGGAACUGUUAUUCGCAAGCUAAGCAAAGGGAGAAAUGUCCAUAUUAACUAUCGAGAUUCUAAGCUGACUCGUAUACUCCAACCGUCGUUGGGAGGCAAUGCAAGAACAGCCAUUAUUUGCACGCUUUGUCCUGCUCGAAGCCAUGUUGAGCAAACUAGAAACGCUCUCUUAUUUGCUAGCUGUGCAAAAGAAGUGACCACAAAUGCCCAAGUUAACGUGGUCAUGUCCGACAAAGCCCUGGUCAAACAUUUGCAAAAAGAGUUGGCUCGGCUUGAGAACGAACUGAGAGCUCCCCCCACCCCUUCUUCUACUUGUAACUGUUCUACAUCUUUGAGGAAGAAAGAUCUCCAGAUUGAUAGGUUGGAAAAAGAGGUUCGAGAGCUUAAUAGGAAAAAGGAUCUUGCGGAAGCUCGGGUGGAGGAUUUGCUGCAUAUUGCUGCCAGUAAUGAAGCUCAAAGAAAACAGAAUGGGAUCAGUCAUUAUCACUCAAGAUGGAAAGACGAAGACGUUGAAAGUUCAGCAUCAGCAUCAUCAAGUUCUUCUCCAUUGCCAGCAGGUAAAUUAGGUAAAUCUUAUUUCGAAACUGGAGACUAUUCAAAUGGCGUCUGCAAGGAUGUACCAUGUAUUGAGGUGGAUAAUGAACCAGCAGCCAAGAAACAUGUAGAUGUUUCUGAACCCAGCAGCCAUUCACCAUCCAGUGAAAGAGGAGUCUCAACAUUAACCGAGUUCCCAUGCGAGGAAAUACAAUCAUCUGAUCAAGAUAAUUCAAGAUACAGUGAAGUGGAUUCCCUCGCCACACCACCUUUCGAAGGUGGUGAUUAUAGAAAUCAUAUGUUGAGACGAAACUGGAGUUUCGAAAGUGAUGUCAUCAUGAGCACGCCCACCACUCCACAACAUAAUUACACGCCGCCCCCCAAUGGUGGUUAUGAGAGGAAUUUUACAGGCAGGCCGAAAAGCGUCCGAACGAUCACAAAGAAGUUGUUGCGAAACAAUUCUCAGUCUUCCAUGGGUAGUAGUGUUGCAGACUGCAAUGAGGAAAUAAUACCUAGUGUCGAUACAUUUGUUGCUGGAUUGAAACAAAUGGCUAAACAACAGGUCAAUAUGAAAGACAUUGGAUUAGAUCCAAUGCAGCAGCAGGAGGAGGACAUGUCAUUGGUACAAUCUGAAUUCGAGAAGCAACGGAAGGCGAUCAUUGAACUGUGGGAGAUCUGCAAUGUUUCUAUAAUCCACAGAACAUAUUUUUUCUUAUUGUUCAAAGGCAAUCCGGCUGAUUCUGUUUAUAUGGAAGUUGAAUUUAGAAGACUAAAUUUCCUUAAAGACGCGUUUUCACAGGGAAGCCACGCUGUUGAAGCUGGGAGGACCCUCACAUUGGCCUCAAGUGAGAAGGAAUUGAAUAGAGAGAAAGAGAUGUUAUGUAGGCUGAUGUACAAAAGGUUCUCAGGAGCUGAAAGGAAUAGGCUUUACAAGAAAUGGGAUAUUAGUUUGGAUUCAAAGAGGAGGAGGUUACAGCUCGUUAAUCGGUUGUGGAACCAACCAGACGAUUUAAACCGAAUUAUGGAGAGUGCAGCCAUUGUUGCUAAGCUAAUUAGGUUUUCUGAACAAGGCCGGGCUGUGAAUGAGAUGUUUGGGCUUAGUUUCACGUCACCGAGUCCUGGCUGGAGAUCCUUUGGUUGGAGAAAGGGCAUUUCUUUCUGGUGAAGUGUGAAUAAAAAGGGGUUGCAAAUUGUGCACCAAAUUGUUGUUAUUGAUAGAAGAAAUAUUUGAAAAUCUGUCUUUUUUUGUUUUAUGUGGGAUUGUAUUUGAUUGGGUUGUGGGAAUGAUAUAUUAAAUAAAUUUGACUUGUUACUCAAGUUAA